AAUUUCUCCUUACAUAAAAAUCGAUUUAAAAAAUCGACAAUUUUGAUGAUCUAACCAAAAACAAGAAUAGGAUGAAAAUUUUCUAGAGGAAGUCCAAACUCCAAAAUAAGGAAAUUGAUGAGGAAGAUAGUUAAGAAAUCCUUAAACCUCUUUUUAAUUGAGUCUUUCAUCUGAGAUACAGGGGGAGAGAGAGAGAGGAAGAAGAAGAAUAAGAUGACUGUAGCAGCCGGAGUUGGGUAUGCAUUAAUUGCAUUAGGUCCUUCAUUAUCUCUCUUCAUCUCUGUCAUCGCCAAAAAACCCUUCUUGAUUCUCACAGUUCUUUCCAGUACAUUACUAUGGCUGGUGAGUUUGAUUAUACUUUCAGGACUUUGGAGGGGUUUCCUUCCUUUCAAAUCAACAGCAUGGUGGCCAUAUGCAAUUCUUGUCUUUACAUCUGUUUGUUUUCAGGAAGGGCUCCGGAUUCUUCUAUGGAAAGCUUACAAGAGGUUGGAGGGCAUGUUGGAUGCAUUUGCUGAUAGGCUUUCGAAACCUCGCUUGUUUAUGACAGAUAAGAUGCAAAUUGCUCUAGCUGGUGGCUUAGGUCAUGGUUUGGCUCAUGCUGUGUUUUUUUGCCUUAGCCUCUUGACACCUGCAUUUGGACCGGCAACUUAUUAUGCUGAUAGAUGCACAUGGAUGCCUUUCUUUCUUAUAUCUGCAAUUAUAGCUCUUGCGUUUGUUACCAUUCAUACUUUCUCAAUGGUCAUUGCCUUCAACGGAUAUGCCGAAUCGAAGAGACUUGAUCAGUAUUUUGUUCCUACAAUUCAUCUGAUUGCUGGAAUGCUGACUCUCAUUAAUUUCGCUCCUGGUGGCUGCAUAAUUUCCAUUCCCUUGCUAUAUUUUGUCGCUGCAUUGACAUUGAUGCAUUGUGGGAAGAUGGUGUGGAGAAGAUUAGUAGAUGAACGGCGUACAGGGAUCACUUUGCAGUAACUGUCAUCUUUGGUGCCAACUUACUCAUCCAUGUAAUUUUGCCCAGUACCCAAGUGUUCCUUGAUUAACCGAAACUUGCUUCUACAAGUUUGGCAAUGUAUCUUUCGAUUCCUUCCUCUUUCAAGCAACUCAACCUCGAAUUUUUGGUGGGAUACCAAGGUUGGAUGCAAGGUUCAGGAAGAAAAGGCGAAGCGGUGCAGAUUAUACUUUAUAUUAGAAAUUUUCUUAAGGAUGUAUGCCUUAAACUAAUUACUGUUAAAAUGUAAAUUUUGUGAUUGUAGAUUUUCAUAUGCUUCGUACUAUUACCAUGUAAAUGUCAUGUUAAACUCUAGAUUUCUUCUGAAAAAAAUUUCGUCUGAUUGUGAGAAACUACUUUUCUGACAUUGUCACAGAGUUUACAAUGAAGCGAUACUGUUUUUUAGUCUCUAAA